CGAACAUCUUCAAGCCAUCACUCAGACUAAGACUAGAUCAGGAAGGCGUUCGGAUUGCAGUCGCACUGUCUGUCUACGUUGGUGGUCACGGCCUUGAGACUGCGCUGUACAGAUUGCGUUGGUCGUGCUCACUGUACGCAGGGGAGGCCUUCGUCACCUACGAUACGCAUGGGCGUUCUCUUCCCUCCAUCAACGCUACCCCGACCUCCUCCACCCGAUCCCGUUCACGCUACGCCUCAAUACAAUACCUUCGCCCAAUACACACCGCAUUGACUGUUGUGCUGGACGCUCCCGUGCCGCAGCCGCCGUCCCCUACCACCAAGAGCGCGCCUCAGUCUGCCCAACAUGAGCGACUACGGCGACGACUACUCAGACUAUGGCGAGGAAUGGUUCUAUGUCGAGGAAGAAUACAUGGCGGCAGACGACCUAGCAGAGCACGCCGUUGCCUCACCACCACCGACAGCGUACGGAGACGAGGACGGGCUGCCAGACUGGGAUCGCUUCGACUACUUCAACGAUCUCGAGUACGCGUCAGAUGGGUACGACAAUGCCAAGUUCGAGGUACACAAUGUAAAGGACGCGAAGACAGGCCAGAAGAGAAAGAGGUCAGUCAGGAACAGUCACAGCAAGAAGACGGGGUCAACACAACAAGCAAACAUACAAGCAGACACGUCCCUGUUGGAGCACUCACCUAUUGUCUGGCGCGCGCAAAAUGACCGGGAAACGAAGGCGCAGCUACUGGAUGACAAUGCGCAAUCAUACGCGGUGCUGAAGAACUGGAGGGAAAAGGUCAAAGAUACACCGCAAUGGGCACGUGGAUCACCACCCCAGUCACCGAGCAUACGGCCAUCGAGACCAGGCAAAGGCAAGGUUGCGUCUGCUCCAGAGCCUGUAUCACCGCCUUCCGACAUUGUCGGCCCCGAAACCGUCGACGAAGAAGAAGAGGAGGAAGACAUGGGCAUCAGCCAGGAUGUGCUGAUGGCCGCUCUACAGAGACAGCUCGCUACUGCCGGUGGCCCUCUCAGCGGCAUGGAUCCCCAACAGCUGCUAGAAUUUGCUAUGCGCAUGGCAACGGACAAGGACGCGGGAGACGAUAUUGCAGGUGAGAUGGCCGAGGCAAUGCUCGAAGGAGACGAGGAAGAAGACGAUGCAGACGCAGAGGAGAAUUUGCUAUCUUGGGUUGCCCAGCAACGGAACGCGAACAAGGAGUCUACAGAGGAAGUCCCCAAGUCGCCAGAGGUGUCGCGCAACAGCAAGCGACCGCCGACUCCGCCGUCGUCGGAGGCCAAUCGCAGUGUUCGUGCCUCCAGGACAUCCACCAAGGCUGCCGAGUCGAACAAGAAGAGCGCAACAUCCUCUCUUAAGCGGAAGGCUGACGAUGACUCCGAGGGCGAGAGCUCCGCGAAGGUGACGAAGAAGCGGGUGACGAGGUCAUUCGAUGCGCCAACUGCCGCAAGCCAGGCGAAGGCGGCUCCGGCGAAGACAAAGGGCGCCCCGGCAAAGACUACGAGGAGCACACGUGCAAAGCGACCUUGAAGGUGUCGAAGGUUUUCCGUGGCAUACAUCACAGGUUGUGGGUAAUUUGGUGAUCACAGCCUUUCUUUCUCGAGAAGCUUUACAUUUCAGGCUCCUUGCAGCCUCAAAUCGUAGGCCAGUCCUUGACUAAUAUCUGCAUUUCACACUACUGGGAGGAUAUCGCGGACACUCAUUCCGCGCAGGGAGGUAUUUUGCAUAGCGAUUGUAUUAUAGAUUUCUACAGGCGCGACACGGGGGGAACGGCAGCCACGUUAGGCACCGGGGGGCGGGCACAUCUGGGGCUAUUCCACGGUAUCUUGAAUAGUAUAUCAUAGCAUAGUAUAGCACAGCGAUCUGGAUACCCUCACUACUAAGGAAGUCAUGGUAUCGGACUUGUGCUCACGUGCAAGCCGCAUCAAUGAAAGUCUUAAUAAGUCAUAUGCCC